UAAAAUGACGGAGAGACGCCCGUCAUUGGAAAACGGUUAGGCGUUUUUUAGCAAGUUAAGGUUUUGACCGGGGGGUUUGCCGUGACUGCUGUCCCGAUCGAUCUGUAUCAAGAAACCGCCCCUGCAAACGUGGCAGAGCUCUUUUCGCCACUGUGAUCUAAACCAGGUCUUUAGCAGGAAAAAAGACCUGCAGAAGGACAGCUUGUCAUCGCCCAGGCAGACAUAGCUAUGCCAGCAAAGCUUUAGGGGUAAUUCCCGCCUUUGACAGGUAAUAAUACGGGAAGAAAAUAGCUCCGUCUUAAAUAUGAUGGAAUAUGCUUUGGGCGAGACUUGGAAUUUGUUAUGCCCCUGUGGAUUAAGUUACAGUCAAGCACGAGUGUUUGAAGAGCUAGGGCAUUAGGAGUGAUUGGUGCUUGGUCUAGUCCUUGAGGAAAAAGUAAAUUAUACCACAGGUUUAAACAUUAUGACCAUAGUAAGCAUAUGCCUGCCUUGUAUUUCCCCCAAAUUACGUUACCAUUAAAUUAGAAAAUAUUUUAAACCAGUGUUUUCUGUAUAAGGGUUGUAGUUGUAAUGACACAGAGUGCAAAGCAGAUUUUUGAGCGCAUUUUCUGUGUAAACGUAAGCUGGAUCCUAUAAAGCCGUACCAGGGGCAGAACUAUUUAUAAGGACAAAUACUAAGCUGAUUACGUCCUAACGCUUCUGUCCUAAAGCACUUAUGGGUACUGAUCUGGUUUGCAUAGCCGCUCUACAGGAAGAGGAGUAGAGCUUUUUUUUCCCCCCGUAUGCAUUCUUGCUUUCCAGAAUCAGCCACUGAAGAUUAAUUCCUGACUUACCAGAAUCAGGAACUAGGGACCAGAUAUGUGCGAUCCAACUUAAUGUCAUAUGACCUAUGGCCGAACGAUGCCUUUUUUCUGUAAAAGUGUUGUUAAUGUGUGGCCUGACAGAGGUGUUUGAAAAACCAUUUAGCCUGCAUCAAGAAGAAAGGUUUCCUGCUUUCUUUAUUCAGAUAAAAAUCCCCUUGAAGCAAUUCAUUGCUUUACCCACGUAAAAUCUGUACGUUUUUUGGAAUCGCUGCUACGACAAAGGAAAAAUGACUCGCUAUAUAUGACUUAAUGGACAUUUUCAACAUCACUGUUUGACCUUACAGUAUAGUUUUGAUUUUUGUUGAUUAGAGUGUAUGUAUGCAACCUUACGAUUGCUGUGGAAAUUUAAUACUUUUAGGUUCCCCGACCCCUUGCGAUGAAAAAAGAAGGAAUUCAGACCAGGAAGCGAAAACCUAAGAACAUAAAUAAGUCAAAGGCAUGCUCUGGUAACAGUACUACUGCAGUUUCAAUGACUCCAACAUCCACGUCUUCUACUAACUCAGACGACUGUAGCAAAAAUGCUUCUCCAAGCACACAGACUGCAGCCUCAGGGGCGAGUUCCUCAGUGAUGUCCGGCCCGGGAGAGAGCACCAGCCCUGAAAGCAGCAACCUUAAGUAUUCGGGUCAAGACGGGCUGUACACAGGCGUCAGCCUGACCUCAAUAUGUGGUCCUGUUGUAAAACUGGGAGAGUCGUGGCCACCUCCUUGCACCGUGGCGGCGCUGGGAGGAUGGAGGGGGGGACGCGAGGUCCGGCCAAGCCUCGUGCCGUCCGGCUGCGAGUGGUGUUUCCUCGUCCAGGCUUAG